AUGCAUGGAAGGCUACUGAACUGUUACUCGUUCAUAUUUCGUAAGCAACAACAGCUGACAGCACUGGUAGUAUUUUCAAGAAUUCUGAGGAAUCAUGGCCAAACAAACGGCCAGAAAAGCGGUUAUUCGGGUCAGAAGUAUUGGCGAUGGUUUGCUCGAGGUGCUGGUGCUCCUUUACUUGGUUUCUCGUUGGCGACAACAUUCAAGGAUUUAGUCGGAGUAUCGCCAUUUGAACUUGAUAAGGAUCCGUUAAAACAUAAAGUCAAAAAAGCAUGGUUAUGCAGGAAGCAGCACAAAUAUGACCAAGCCGUUAUGGUCCUGGAGGAAGCGAUGCAAAUGGCCAGUGAACAAAACAAUGAGUUGAUUGUUAGUCGCAUUAUUGACGAAUUAGCCAAUACUUAUUAUGAAAUGGGGAAACUGAAUGAAGCAGAGCAGGCUUUCCGCAAUCUUUUGCAACGGUUAAUAAACCUACAUAAUAAACAAGAUCAAGACCCUGAAUUUAUCGAUGUGAGUCUCAAACUAUCCGACAUAUUUGCCCAGAACGGCAAAUUAGAUGACGCCGAAAUUGGUUACAAGCAUUGCAUUGCUAGACAAAUGAAAGUAGUGGAGAAGCAUAUGGGGAAGUAUGCAAUAAACUACAGUGGUUCGUGUGAUAUUCCACAAGUUAUCAAUCAGUAUGGAACUGUAUUUACAGACCCUAUUGCCCUUUACGGCCUGUGUCUCGAGCAAUAUGCCCACUUCAUUGUUCGAUACAGGGAAGAGAAAAGGUUGGAUGAUACUACACAACUCAUGGACGAAGCCCUGAAGAUCUCACACCAAAUUUAUGGCAUUAAUUGCUUCCACACGAUUAAUAUGCUCAAUAAUUAUGGUGCUUUGUUGAUUGCCAGGAACAGGUUUGAUCUUGCAAAAAAAUAUUUGGAAAUUGGUAUAGACAGAAUAUUGUAUAUCGACGAAUGCAGCAGUCUACUGCCUGGAUACUAUUGUAACUAUUCAGAAGCGCUUUACCAUUGCGGUCAAAGAGUAGAAGCACUUAAGUACGCAAAACAAGCUGUCAAUUUAUCACGUUCAGAAUCAAAAGAAUUGAAGGAUUAUACAGCGAGAUUUCUCCAAGACAUGGAGAAGGAUUAUAAUCGCCGUCAAUGA